AUGGAGUCGCUGCCCCCGGUCGUGGUCUACACCGUGCUCCGCCUCGCGCAGCCCUCGGGGCUGCCGAUCGCGCGGCUCGCGUGCGUGUCGACGGGGUUUGCGCGGAUGGCGAAGGAGCAUCUCUGGAGGUGGCACUGCCGCGACCAACUCGCUCUCGACGCAUCCCCGAGCGACGCGCGACGCUCUGACUCCGAGGCUAGAGCGAAUUCUGCUCGCGCCAACGCCGUUAAGGACGCGCUCGCUGCUAUCACGGCCAACCGUGAAGAUCCAAUAUCUAGGCGCGAACGGUUGGAGCGCAUGCUUCACGACAUGGGAAGCGAAGAAGUUUUCACCCUAGCGAAGCUCGUGAACGUGUGUCCAGGCGUGCGACCCGCGCUGCUGCGAGGCAGGGAGUACAAGGCAAUGAACUGUGGGUGCGGCAGCAGCCUCCAGUGCGCGUGCUGGCAGCCUUUCGCGAGCGUGGAAGGCCAUCCCAGCAGCGCGCCUCACUUCCACCCCAGCAAGUUUGAGAUCAUGGAUAUUUUUCGCUCCGGCGUUCCAGAGGUCCAUUUCGUGAUGUUCGCGUGCUUGGUGCAUGAACACGAGGAGCACGACGCCGUUCCAUUUUUUCUCAUUCGAGGACUUGUUAUGGACUUUCAAAGCUUCAAGAUGUACGAGUCCCAGACCCCCUUCAUUUGUGACGAGCAGUGCCCAUAUUGCUCAUCCCAGGUGUGGGACAUGAUGCAGCUGUUGAACUUUCCUCGGGUGUCCAAGAUCCUCAUUUGCUACGCGGGGAGCAAGAUAUACGUCACGUUCCCGGAAGUGGUCACCUACGUCUGCACCAAGGGGCAUCUGUACGGCCUGCGACGUCUGGGCGAAGCCAUGAGAGCAGUAAUGGCGGAAGUGGAGGUGGAGAGGGUUGAAGGGCACGAGGGCAGUCAGAGCAGCCAGGGCAGCGAGGAUCAUGAGGAGGCCGAGAGGGAGGCGUCGGAUGAGGCGUACUAUGCGGUGCUGGGGAGGUUUCUGCAGCGGGCGGUGAGGGGGGAGUUGGAGGAGGAGGAAACUGAUGACGAUGUGAGCAACGAGGAGGAGGAAACUGAUGACGAUGUGAGCAACGAGGAGGAGGAAACUGAUGACGAUGUGAGCAACGAGGAGGGGGAAACUGAUGACGAUGUGAGCAACGAGGAGGAGGAAACUGAUGACGAUGUGAGCAACGAGGAGGAGGAAACUGAUGACGAUGUGAGCAACGAGGAGGGGGAAACUGAUGACGAUGUGAGCAACGAGGAGGAGGAAACUGAUGACGAUGUCAAACCGGGCACUCCCACCAGUGGAGCACAAGCAGCUGCUCUCACCGUCCCUGCUGCUGCUGGGCCAGCUGCAACACCUGAGCUUGCACAUGCACAUGUGGUAAAGGCUGCUGCCAGUGCUGCUGCAGCAGCGCAUGCACCCAAUGCUGCUCCUGUUGACAUCACUAUGCCUUCCGCGACUACCAGUGGUGCUGCCUCUGCUGCGGCAUCAGACUCUGCCAGUCUGCUUCCCACGGCAGCAGCCAUUCCUCAUGGACAACUGUUCGAGGCACCACAACCAG